AUGGCGAGCACGUACGAUGUCCCAUAUGACUACCGAUCCAUCAUGCACUAUGACAAACAUGCGUUCGCCAAUGGGAAUAGGAUUACCAUGAGAACAAGAGAUCCUAGAUAUCAGAAUGUGAUUGGGAAUGUACAGGACGCCUCACCGAGUGACUACCUCAAAGUGUGCAGAAUGUAUGGUUGUAAAGAGUGUGAGAGAAUGCAACUAAAAAGAUACAAACAUCCAGCCUACAAACUAGUACUCUAG